AUGGCUCUUCCUGUCUACUCUCUAUCUACCUUCACUCUCCCUGGGAAGAUUUGGCAUCGGAUGGACUGUAUGGUGAGACGGUUCUGGUGGACUGGUCGUCAAGAAAAGAGCAAAUUCUAUGCGCCAAAAAGCAGGGAAACUCUCUGCCAACCGAAGCAAAAUGGAGGUCUAGGAUUUAGGCAAUUUGGAGACGCAAACAAAGCUCUUGUGGCUAAGUUAGCUUGGGAAAUGGCGUGUAAUGAGGAGAAGUUGUGGGUGAAAAUCUUUAAAGAAAAAUUCUGCUCUUGGGAAUCGUUUUGGGAGGUUAGGACUAAAAAUGGAGACUCUAGUGUGUGGAAAGGGAUACUUGAAGCUAGAUCUAUAAUCCAGCAAGGCACCACGACUAUCAUUGCUAAUGGAAGGGAUAUCAACAUAUGGUGGCAACCAUGGAUCCCAUGGAUUAGUUAUGAUGAGUUUCGAAACACAAUGGAGGAAGUCAGAGUGAAGGCUCCACAGCUGAGACUAGUGGUCGAUCUCCUACAUCAUUCGCAGACAAGAUGGAAUGAGAGGUAUGUUAUUCACUUAUUUGGAAGGAAUUUGGGGGAGUUGAUUAUAGGAAUUGACAUAGUCAAUGGGCUGGAACGGGAUACGUUGAUUUGGAAAAGGGUGGCAUCAAGAAAGUUCACUGUCAAAGAGGCUUACUGGUUGGCCAAUGAAAGUUUUUUUGGGCCUGUGCUUUCGGGAUGGAGAUUAAUAUGGUCAAACAAGCUGCACCCGAGGAAUUGCCUAUGGUUGUGGAGAAUGUGCAAUGGAGUGCUUCGCACUCGCGACAAAAUUCGAAGUUGGUUUGGCAGUCCUUUAGCAGUGAGGAGUGAUGAGAUUCAAGGGAAUACGAUCCUUGAUAAAGUGGUGAACCUGUGUAAAGACAGUGAAGGGGGGAGCUUGGAGAAUAUCCUUACUUGCUUUUAUGUUGUCUGUUAUGGGAUUUGGCGGUAUAGAAACUCACUGAUACAUGGUGGAAAGCAGAUGGAGCUAGGCCGUUUUUUGGAAGAAGCAAAUGCAAAGUUUGAAGAGUUCGUUUCUGUGCAACAUGAUCUUGUCAACGCUCCCUCAGUCCUGGCAAAAAAAUUGGUGGAAGUGGCUCCCUUCAAUUCAAAUUUUAUUGUCACGGAUGGGGCCUUCAAGGAUGGGUGGUGUGGAAUGGCGAUAAUGGGGAAUGACUCUCGACAAGAGAAGUGGUACACAAUGGCUAGAAGUGGAGAAGGUAAAUCUGCCUUGGAUGCUGAGUUAAAGGCAAUCGGUUUGGCCUUGGAUUGGGCUGUUGAGAUGAAUUGGAGGACUUUCACUGUUUUCUCUGAUUGCAAAACGGCUGUUGAUGCUUUACAGCAAAGGAAAGUACAAGAUUGGAAAGUGGCCAUUUCGUUCUAUAAUGUAAUGAAAAAGCUGAAAAUGUUUGAGUUUCAUAAUCUUAAGUUUGUUAAGCGGAACUGUCUUGCUUUUGUUAAUGACCUGGCUAUUCAAGCGAGGGUCCUAAGGUUGGUUGAUUAUCGUUGUAACGGGGAGGGAUUGCCCCCUGUCAAUCCUACUUUGUUUUAA